AUGAAUAAAGAAAUCUCUAACCGGUCUGCAUAUAUAAAAUCACGUCGAACUUUUCAUAAGAUAAUUUUGUUACAAAUGGCUAGUUGCGCUUUUUGGCGCUUUAAAGCCUCAAAUAAUUUAUUUCUAAUUCUUUCGACCUUAAUUCUGGUAUUAAAUAUUCAAAUUCAAAGUCAAUCAUUUGAUUAUGAUGAUAAUAAUACACGAACACAUCUUAGAGGUAUACAAAAAUUACAAAGGAUUAAUGAAAUGACUCAAGAAAUAUAUGCUAAACAGGAUGAAAAAAUAUUAAAUAAAAAUUCUUAUCUUGAUAAUGAUCAAUCAAUUAAAUCUGUAUUAAAUGAACAAUUAAAUGAAAAAAAUUUUCCAAGAAAAAUGCCUGUUAUAUCGGAUGAGCCGGUUUUUUCAAGUGAUGAUAGAAGUAAAGUUAUUAAAGUUAAACAUAGAAAGUCAUCUACACCAUCAAAUUAUCAACCUGAAGCAUUCUUUGAACCAUCAAAAGAAAAUAUCAUUAAAAGACCAGUUAAUCAAGAUACAGUUGACAACGUCAAUGAAAUGAUGGAUAAAGUUAAAAGUAGAUUUGUUAUAAAUGAAAACAACAAUAAUAUUAAUGUACUUGAAAGAGAAAAACAAUUAAUUAAUAAUCAAAAAAUAAUUACUAAUGAGGAAAUAUUAAAAAAGGAAAGAAUAGAAAGAAUAAGGGCACGAUGGACAAAACUUGGUCCUAUUAUAAAAAAUAGAGUUAAUAGGCUGUUUUCAAAAGCCAGAUUAUCUCAAAAUUAUAGUAUAGGUAAAGAAAUUAGAAGAUUUAGCACUACUACACCAAAAACAUUUGAAUUAGAUAAAAAACAAUCAAUUGAAAAUAAUUUUGAUGUUUUAGCACAGGUAAAUUAUAAUAAUAAACCUGUACUUCAUUCAGUAAGAACAAUGACUAAUGAUAAAUUUUUGGGCCAAAACCAAAUAAAAAAUAUAGAUAAGUUUGAACGUAUUAAUAAACCACCAAUUGCAAGACCAACAUUUGGUAAUGAAUAUAUAAAUAUAGAUAAUAAAAAUGUUGAGGAUGAUUAUCACAAUAGAGCUUUAAGUGAUAUUGGGGAACAACGACAAACUAACUAUAGAUAUUUUAAUAAAAUAUCUUCAAGACCUAGAUUAAGAAUUCGAAAACCAGAAAAUCCACCUAAAGCUCAAGCUAUGAUGAAUGAUGUUGUUAGGUCUGCUGGUUCAAGUGUAUCAAAUAGACAACCGCUUUUACUUCCUGAAUUAUCACCGAUAACUAAUGAAGAUUCAAACGAAUUUGGAAAUAGUAAAAUGUUAAAAUCAUUACCAUCAAUUAAUGAAAGUGGUGAUAUGUCAAGUUCAUUAAAAUCAGAUGAAUCAAACGAGUCUUUGGGGGAAUCAUUAGAGACGUCAUUCGAAAAUACAGCAUCAAAAAUUGAUGGAAAUUCUAAAUCUGAUGAAAGGGACGAUUUUGAAGAAAAUUUUAAAACAAAACAACCUGUAAAUGUUGAAAUUGAACCGCCUUUAGAGCCAUCAAAAGAAAUAUCUAGUUUUUCCAUUAAUCAAUCUAAAAAAAAAUUCAAAGAAGAAGGAGAUAGUGGAAUUCUUCCACAAAAUUCUGGACUUAGACCAGUUGCACCACCUUCAGAAUUUAGUGGAGCAGGUGGUUUUGGAUCUGGAUUUGGUGGAGGAAGUGCUAAGUUUAAUUCAGGUCUUAAUUUUGAAGAAAACUCUGAAUCGCAAAUUUCUAAAAUAUCAAAAGAAUCAUCAACAACAAAAGAUAAUAAUUUAUUUGGUUUAGCUUCAAAUAAAGAAAAAGUUGAACAGGAAGAGGAAGAAAAUAUAGAAUUAGAAAAUGGUGAUACCGGUUUUAGUAAGUCUAAAGGUCCUUCUUUUGGUGAUGAUGGUUCAGAAAAUUAUUCUAGAAAAGGACCACAAUUUAAUACAGAAAAUUUGUUUACAGGUGAUUCAGCAUUAAAUGUAAAUAAUAAAGGUCCAACUGGUGAUGGUUACGGACCUCCAAUUGAUAGUGGUGCUGCAAUUCCACCACCUGUUCAUGGUAUAAGUUAUGGAGGUGGUGCUGCCGGUGUCGGAAAUAUAGGUAUGGUUGAAAGUUUUACACAAAAUCCACCAACAACUGUUAAACCAUCUGCAUUAUUAAAUAUACUUAACAAAGCUGAUCAAGGUAUUAAUCAAGCUAUUACUCAUUUUGAACGUGGAAGUCCUGUUGAAACAGCUGCUAUUGAUAUUUUAGAAGUAGCCUUAGGUAGUCAAAGAUUAGAUAGUCAGGCAAAAUUACUUGGUCAUGUUGAUAGAACAUUUGGAUUAGAUAAUCUUCAAAGAUUACAACGUUGGGCAAAUACUGGUGGAGCAUUAGAUAUGUUAAAAGAACAAUUUGCUAAAAUUGCAAAAAAUUAUAGACCACCAGCAGAUUUGCUGCCAACAAUUCCUCCACAAUUAGAAUACCUUUUUUCUCCAUCAAGUAGUGGAAAAAAAUAA